GCAAAACCCUGAUCUAAACCCUCAAAUCACCUCCCCACAACACUCCCAAAUUCCCAAUCCAGUAACAAUAAUAUUGACAGCCAUGUCCGCCACCGGAGCCGCCAGGUCCUUCAUGCGCUCCACCGCCAGACUCAGCUCCGGCCUCAAAUCCAGGCCCGGAACCACCUCAACUUCCUCUCCGUUUCGCAUCCCUAAGCAAAAUUCACUCGCCAAUCGCAUUUUCAGGUCACCGGUGGAAAUGAGCUGCAGUGUGGAGACAUUGCUUCCUUAUCACACUGCUACUGCUUCUGCUUUACUCACUUCCAUGCUCUCGGCUUCGCCUCGUGCCUUUAAUUGGACUCCCGAAGAUUGCAAUGAUGAUGUAUGAUGAAUGUCAGAGGAUACAAGCGAUGUUUUUGUACAUGCACUGAAUGAGAAGGUGAUGAAAGAAAGCCUAUUAGGAUUCUUAGAUACUUCUUCCAGUUUAGAAAGCUAAGAAUAUGUUUAAGGGCUGUUGAACUUGGGGAAGAACUAGUCGUUUACUUGGUUUGAUAAUAACUGUGCAGUUUCCUUGGCUUAUGAUCAUUUUUAGGCUGUUGUAAUUCGGAUGUUUCUCGUUAAGAUCCUUGAUCAGUGAUCACCAUUGAUUGACUUAAUAGGUUGGGGAAUUAAAAAGUUACAGCGUCUUAACAUUGCUGUCAUUAUUCUUUUUGUUGCUUUUGAUAAUAGUCAACUAGCAAGUUUACUCAA